UACCAACCUCCAUCACCACCACCUCCUCCUGUGCCUCCACCGCCGCCAUACCAACCUCCAUCCCCACCGUUCCCUCCUGCGACUCCUCCUCCACCGCCACCACCAUACCAACCUCCAUCCCCACCGUUUCCUCCUCCUCCUCCACCAUACCAACCUCCUUUACCACCAUUUCCACCAUCAGAAUACCACCAAUUGUAUCCACCUGGUCUUCCUGGUUCUCCAUCAAGUCCGCCACCAACACCACCACCACCUCCACCCCCACCUCCACCUCCUUGUCCCCCGCCUCUACCUGGGCGCCCAGGUCUUCCUGGUCUUCCACCUAUACCCGCUUGGCCAGAGUAAUAAAUUUGACUGUACGACAUUUUAGUUACACAAACAAAUACGAACAAGAUGUAUUGAUAAUUUGGUAACAUGGUUGUAG